AUGGAAGAUGACGUUUCAGUGUCAUCCCGAUCUCCCGCAGGCGUAGACGGCGACGAUCAGUGGGAGAUCCACGUGGACACUUGCGAGGAGCUCAAACUUGCAGCGGAUAUAGUGAAGGACGUCACAGAGACGUGGAGUGCUUUUGUGCAGACUUUCGACACUGAACAAGCGGCUGGUGAAGCUGCGUUCAGCGCCAUUUUUGAUGCUGCGCCUUCCUUGCAGUCGCUUUUUCAUGGGCCUCGUGCUGUUCAGGCACAGAAGUUCGUGCUGAGCCUUGGCAACAUCAUAAGCCACCUCGACAAUCCAGCUGCCUUGAAAGUAGAGGUUGAAACUCUAGGGUUUGCCCAUCUGAGCGUGGACAUCACAAUUCCAAGAAUUGCGCUGUUCCGAGAUGCAAUCCUCGAUUUGUUUGAAGUUGAGCUUGGCGAUGCGUUCACCCCCACAGCAAGGGACGGAUGGGGCCAGUUGCUCUCGUAUGUGGGGGGCUCGCAGAUAUGGAUUCGGACCCAUUUCUCUGCCCGGUUAAAGGUUCUGCAAGAGAGCUGGAAAGCCGCCAACAAUCGUGAGAAUCCUCAGGUUUCUGACGCUGAACGCCAGAAGAUGUUAAAACAGACCAAAAAGGAUCACAAGAAGAACGAGAUUGAGAUCGAUCCUGAAGUUGCGAGCACAGACAGUCCGGACAGCUCGGAAAGCAGCUUCUCGGGCAACACUGGUCACACUGUCCUGGGAACUGGCAACAGUACGAAGGUUAUCUCAGACAGGCGACGGUGCGGGAACUGUUUGGGCACUUUGCUGAAUUGCUGCAAAUGCUGCAGCUUCGGGAAAGAAGCGAACCAGAAGGAAAAGCAGGAUGACGGCAUGAGGAAAGAGAAAAGGGAUCCCAAGCCAAAAGACACUCAGAAGUCGGGCAAGUCCCAGCUGCAAGCGGCAGACGUCCCGAGAACUUUUACAGAAAUGUUCCAAUGGAAUUGCGCCGUGAUGGGCUUAUCUGGACGGAGGUGGAUGCAGGAGAUACUAUCAAGCUUUACUUCAAUGGUAGAGCAUAUUGCGGACAUGAGACGCCUGCAGCAGGAGUGCAAUAUCGUCUCAAUCCGUAUUGCAAAGGUGACAGCAGCCGGUGUGAACUGGGUGAACCUGUCCGAGUUCAAGUCCUGCAUGCUGGCUGCUUUGCGGUCCCUCCUCCCUACGGUUUGGGAUACAACGCACGAAGUCGCUUGGAAUUGGCUGUGGGACAACAUAGAGACAAUCCUGAAGUCCACCAUGGGCAAGCCUCUGGCCUGGGAGCAGUCACUUGUGGGGAUGUUUGCAGCUUUGAGCGAUGAGCAGCUCUUCAAUUAUCGUGUCCAGCUUUAUGAGAGAUUCUUCGCGGCCGUGCCGGCGGGUCAGGACUACUUUAAGCAGUCCAAUACGCGCUUGCACUUCAUUGCAGAAAGCGCCACCAACAUGUCUCUGAAGCUCCUGCAAGAUCCGUGGCGGAUGGUCGAUGAUGUCUCUGCACUGGGGCUUCGUCACGUCGGCUAUGGCAUACCGACCGAGAUGUUUGGACCUUUUACCGAAGCGGCGGUGGACGCCCUGAGAGGGCACGUCGAUGAGACGUUGGCCCUGGAAGCUUUCAAUUGGUCCCUGUCUAUCAUCUCCCAGAUGCUUGUGCAUACUGUAACAGAAGGCUCCACGAUUGUAAUGAAGGCGAUCAACAACAACUCCGUGUCCCAACUGGUCAAAGCAGUGAGUUGCGCCCCUCGUGGGGAACGCUCCAACUGGGUCUUGAUUGUUAAGGUCGGAACACAGGACAUCUCGCCCUUCAGAUGGGCCAUCGAAAGUGGUAGCUUGAGUGCAGCAAAGGCCAUCAUUGAAGACUUGUUAGCUAUCAGAGCAGAUCGGCAAAGAUACUAUUAUGGUGUCGAUGACUUGUUUCAGCGCCAUCCGGACAUCAUCAAGAUCCUCUGCUCCGAAGCGCCCAUGCUGCUGCCGACGCUGCUGGAAGGCUUAAUUUGGCGGUCGAGAAUAGUCACCCAGGGAGCACGCCGAGUGAACUACUACGUCAAGAACCUUGUUGUUUCUGGCUCUGACGGAGCAUUUGCUGGCGCUUUGCCUGCCCUGGUUGCAUUGGGCGAUCCCAAGAUCAUUUCUCACGUCGCAGUUGACCUCGUUGCGAAUCUGCUGUGGUCGGGCAUUGUCAUGCAUGAGUUUAUUACCUCGAAGCUGUGGUUCAUUGCCAGCCUUGUCAUUCUCAUGGUUAGCCAGACACUUCUGCCAGAGUACCGUGAAUCUUUCGAAGUUCGGGUGGUGACUUUCGUAUGCCGGGUCCUGACCUAUGUGCUAACAUUGCUACGGCUGCUGGUGCAGCACUCGCGGGACAUUUUCCUGGCGUACUACCGGAAACAGACGGUCCGGAUAUUCAAAGUACCGUUUCCAAAGUAUCUCACCAAAACAUACGACCUAGCCAGCUUCCUGCUGCUGAUCUGUUUGAUUCUGAUGUGGGCCAACGAGCCGUUCAUCUGGUGCUACGAUGCACAUGAUUGGCCGACGGAGUAUUGCUUGACCUUCGAGGACGGCGGUUUCAUAUACUCCGUGUUUGCCAUGUGUGCCGUGGGACUGCACUGGGGCUUGAUGGCGGAUCUUGCAGUGUUCUCAACAGGUCUCAGCGCCUUUGUGCUGGUAUGCGUGCAUGUCGGCUCCGAAAUCGGAAGAUUCAUGUUUGCCUUGAUGUUUCUACUCACAGCAUUUGCAUCGUCAAUCACGGUGCUUGAACAUCACUAUGAGGACAUGAAGACGGUGGGCGACAGCUUGAUUGCCCUGACAGGAAUCACGCUACGAUUGUACGAGGAUGAUUAUCGGGACUUGCAGAACGAUGCAUUGCUGCUAACCGCUGUUUUUUGUUUUGUCACAGCUUCUGCCAUUCUCUUGCUGAACCUCCUUAUUGCUCAGCUGAAUUGCUCCUAUGUCUACAUUUAUCAGAACAUGCUUGGCUAUGCGAAGCUCAAGCGCUCUUCGGUGACGGUUCAGACAUUGGCAUUUCUCAAGAUGGAGCGCUGGAGCCGAUUCGUUGCUACUUUGGGCUUGGACGUCCCACUCGAGUUCAACGAGGGAGAUGUGGGCAUGGCUGGAGGGAUUUGUGUGUUUGAGCCGCCGAGUCAAAGCAUCGUUGCAACGGACCGGAUCCUGCGCUUCGGCGGCUCUUGCUCGCCGGAUUUAGAGUGGCCAGCAGACACGACCAAAACCGGCAUGGAUGCUGACGAGGAGCAGUUGGAGGCUCUGGAGCAACUCCUGAAUUCUACGCUUCACCAGUUGCGCAAAAGCAAGAGGGGCGAGCAUGGUUCUGGAUUCAAUGCUUCCAGCCAAACUCCUGAGUCCGGAAAGGGCUACAGUGGUUAUAGUGGUGUCAGUGGCGUCAGUGCCCUCUCAUCCGACUGA